AUUCAAUAAAACUUUCAUGCAAGAAGCGUGAUUCAGUUAUAGAAAUCUGUUGGUACAUUCUUCACAAACAAUUGUUCCUUGAGAAAACCAGUGCAGCUUUUAAAUAUUUCCUGUCGACGCGAUAGCAAAUUGUAAACAGUGUACACUGCGAUUGUGACAACAUGGCAGACUGGCGAAACAAAACAAGAAAUGGUGGAAUGUCCACAGAAGAAAUGCUGGACCAGGAGAACCAGAUGAGAGUCGGUGGACUUGCCAGCAAAGUGUCAUUACUCAAGGGGAGGUAGAGGUGGAAGAGUGGAAGACUUUGUGCUGCCUAAUCACACGGAAACUUUGAUGCUUGGAGCAAGUCAGAACUCCUCCUCAGCUCACACGCACCCCACUUGAGUGGCUUCAAGAUGCUGACUAUAUUAUAUUAUAUACAGUUGUGUUGUCACGAUGCGGUGGAAUCGGGGGCUCGUCAAUUUUUGGGCAUGUGGUAUUAUUGGUAUCAUCUUAAAUUUAAAGCUUGUUCAUUUGUCUUUCUUUCGAAUAAAAAAAAUACCCGUCAGUCUAGAGGUUGAGAUAUUUGGGACUGAAGCAGGUGGGAGUCGCCUGAUUUUAGAGGUGGAAUUAGCGAGGAAAUGUCCACCUAUGUGUGGUGACUUACACAGCUUGAGAGUCCUUGGAAACUGAAGAUGUACAUUUUUUUAUGCCUUUAUCUCAAUGUUUUUCAGUAAAGUCCCCUCAGAAAUAUGUUUUUAAAUGGACACAAAAUGUGUUUGGCUUCAAAACUUGGAUAUAAAUUGCCAAACCGCAGGAAAAAUGCCGGUUUCUUCGAUUUCACUAUUUUGACGAGCCCCUGAUUUCACCACGAUGCCUCACAAUUUGUUAUCACAUGAAUAUUUUGUCUUUGAUGUAUCCACUCUUGAUUACAUAAGAGCCUUUCAGAAAAAGGGUUGCAGCCAGUAGUUAUGUCAGUCGAUGUUUUUCCUAAUAAUAACAGCAGUAUAAUGAUAAUUGAUAAAUAGUAUUUGUAUUGCGGAUGUCCCCUCUAGUAACAGCAAGCUCUGUGCGCUUUACAAUCUAUAGAUAUGA